AUGCCGGCGAUGAGCGACCUGAAGCCUGCAAUCCUUGCGGCCGGCAGCUUGUUCAUGCUGGCAGUGCUCUACCUGCUGAUCAGGGAAGAAAGCGAGGAAGAGCAGAGCUCCGGUGCAGAUGCCAAGGACUCAAAGGCGCUUCUUAAGGAGGUGCUGGCUCAGCUGCUGGACGUGGAGCAGCGAGCCAAGCAGGUGGUAGAAGAGCUCGUGCGAGAUCAGCUGGCCGGCAAGGACGUUUCCAUCGCUGAAGCGUACAGCCGCGUGGAAGCCUGCGGGCUCGUCGACCCACUGGAGAAGCAGGGGCUCAGCAUUCAGGAGUUCGAGGGGAUGGUGGCGGAGUCGCAGAACGACCCCUUUGUGAUGGAGUCCAUGGUCCGUCUUUCAGGACAGCACCCAGCUGACCUCAAACCUGGCAGGGACCUCGAGGCCGCGAAGAUCUUGGAGAUGAAAGAGUAUGCGCUGGUCGAGCUGGAGAAGCUCGUGGCCAGCUUCUUGAAAGAGCCGAACGUGGAGUCCAAGGACUUCAAGGCGGCCACCGUGGCGCUGAAGGCUCUGGUGCACGCCAAAGUGGAGAAGGCUCAUGGGGUGGCGGCGGACGAAGUUGAAACAGCUGCCGUCAUGAAGCAGGAGGAGCUGCUUAGCAACCCGGAUUUCGUGAACAUCCUGAAGCGCCAGCAGACAGUGAUGCAGCUUCUCAUGAGCAAGCUGAUGGAGGGGCCCAAGGAUGUUGGUGGAGACGUGGAUUGA